AUUCCAUAUCCAUAACAUAACUUUCACGCUCCUGUUCGUACAUAACCCCUUUAGACUUAUCCAAUGUUUAAACGUGUAUGAUAUUUCUUUUCAUGUAAAAAAUUAUUCAUGUGUAUGUGUUGUGGCUAAUAUUUUGUCAAAAAAAUUAUUCAAAGUGUUGGUGAUUCAGUUCAAAUUUUGUUAUAACCGUGAAAAACGUUUAAAUGAUUUUGUAAAGGUGUAGUUGAUAAUGGCAGAACCUUUACCCUUUGACAUUGAAUUGCCUGAUGCUAAUGUUGGAGAAGAUGAUUCAGACGAUGAUUGCUUGGAAGUUGAAGAGGGCGAUUAUGAUCCAGAUCCGAAUGUGAAUGUCAUUAUUGAAUCGGACGACUUGGAGACAGUGCACCUGAACGAGCAGAAUGUGAACCCGGGCUCGGAGAAGACGGGGCCGCAGGACUUUGAGCUGCGCAAGGUGCUGGGCAAGGGGGGCUACGGCAAGGUGUUCCAGGUGCGCAAGGUCACCGGCCAGGACUCGGGCACCAUCUUCGCCAUGAAGGUGCUGCGCAAGGCAUCCAUUGUGCGCAACCAGAAGGACACUGCGCACACCAAGGCCGAGCGCAACAUCCUCGAAGCUGUCAAGCAUCCUUUCAUAGUCGACCUGAUGUACGCUUUCCAAACUGGAGGCAAACUUUACCUAAUACUGGAGUAUCUGAGCGGCGGAGAAUUGUUCAUGCAUUUGGAGAGAGAAGGAAUCUUCUUAGAGGAUACAGCUUGUUUUUACCUGUCGGAAAUCAUUUUGGCUCUAGAGCAUUUACAUUUGCAAGGAAUCAUCUACAGAGAUUUGAAGCCAGAGAAUAUUCUUCUAGAUGCUCACGGUCAUGUCAAACUCACAGAUUUUGGUUUAUGUAAGGAACAUAUUCAAGAAGGAAUUGUCACUCAUACAUUUUGUGGAACCAUCGAAUAUAUGGCUCCUGAAAUUCUACUCAGAUGUGGCCAUGGUAAAGCCGUCGAUUGGUGGUCCCUUGGUGCUUUAGCUUAUGACAUGCUCACUGGUGCUCCUCCCUUCACUGCCGAAAAUAGGAAGAAAACAAUAGAAAAAAUUCUUCGAGGAAGACUUCAUCUACCUCCAUACCUAACUCCAGAUGCUAGAGAAUUAAUUAGGAGAUUACUGAAGAGACAAGUUGGCCAAAGAUUAGGUGCAGGCCCCAACGAUGGAGGCUGCAUUAGAAAUCACCCUUUCUUCAAACACAUAAAUUGGCUAGAUGUACUCAGUAGGAAGUUAGAGCCUCCAUUCAAGCCUUCACUGACUGGCGAAGACGAUGUCUCGCAGUUCGACACCAAGUUCACCAAACAAACCCCAGUCGAUUCGCCGGACGAAUCUUUACUUAGUGAGAGCGCUAAUCUAGUUUUCCAGGGCUUCACAUACGUAGCGCCAUCCGUGCUGGAAGAAAUGCACAAACCGCCGCGCAUCACACGAGCGCGUUCGCCACGCAAGGGGGGCGGGGGUGGGGGCGGCUGCACCUAUGUGCACUUUGGCGGUGGCAGCGUGGGCGUGCCCCCUCUUCGCAACCCCUUUGCCCCCGACUCAUCCUCGCACGACGAAAUGAUGGACGUCUCAUCACAGCACUCCUUCCCGCAUGUAUAGCGCCCCUCUAAAUAAAUUCACAUCAACCUAAUAUAUUCAAUACAAAAAAUAGCUGAAAAACAUAACAAAAAUAAACUAUAACAAACUUUUUAUAUGAGACGGUUUUUCUUUUUCGCGAGUUCUUUUUGUUACUGCUGCUAAUAUUAUCAUAUUAAAAUGAUUGUUCACAUACAUUAUUAUGGUUAUCUUAAGGAAAAAUAUUAUAAAUAUAUAUUAUUAUUAUUAUUAUCAUUGAGUAGAUAUGUAUAAAAAACAACAACAAUAAUAUUUAUAUACCAUUGUAGUAGUAUGAUGCUAUUUGAUAAUGCUGAGAAUAUUGUGUAUUGCUAAUAGUAUAUUAUUAUUAUUAUCAUUAUAAGAUACGGUAAUAAUAUAGAAUACGUAUGUCAAUGAUGAACAAAAUAGAUUCGUUAUAAAUGCUAAGUUUAAUUAAUUCAAAUGCUAUCUUACUAAGAGAUAUUUUGUCGCUUGUGAUGUGUUUUUAGUGAGGUUUUUGUUGGCUCUUGAAACCCUGUUAAACUUUUGAAGCUCUGAUCACGUGAACCCAUUUUAAUCCAAAUGGAAUGUCGUCACAGUGCUGAUUACCUUGUACAAGUCUAAAUCAAAUUCUGUGUUAAAUAUUUGUUCGUCCUUUUUAAUGUUGUGGAAAUGAAAAUCGUGAAAGUGGGUUCGUUUUAAAGACUACCCAAGAUACCCCGAUAUCUAUUGAUGUAAUGGGACAGUCAGUGAGUUUGCAGAUUUUAUUUACAAUUUUCUAAUUGAAUGGUGGCAUGGCAAGUUCGACAAAAAUAUCAAACUUUAUGUGUGUAUAAAAGUUUAAGUAAAUUUAUUAGUCUAUAAACGUCUCGUUUCAUGUGCUUCAAAGGAGCGUUCAUUUAUUAACUUGAAUUGCAUGUAAGGGUCUGACUUAUAAAGGCACGUCAGAAUCGUUUGCCAACGGUUGAUUAUCGAUACCGUACUGAAUUUGUUCCAUCGGAAGAACUGUCUACUAGUGAUAUUAGCUUCAAUUUAUCAGUGGAAUAUAUAUUGUUUGGUUGCGUCUUCUCGAAUCGAAUCCUCGACGUGAUGUAAACUAAGAUCAUGUAAGAGGUUGUAAAUUAAAUCGCUAUGCUAAUAAACUACUUUUAAAAUAUAUUUUUAUAGUUCAACUAGUAUCUCUAAUAAAUAAGAAUCAAGUGAAUUCCAUCGUCUUGAAUUGUUCAACAAAAUAUUGUUUUUUGUCAUUCAUAUUUGUAAAAUUCUUGGUUUCUUCAAAUUUGUUUACUUGCUAAAUGAAUCUAUACAUUCGGAGCUCUUAGUUUUUGUAAUUUUUAUGAAGGAGAUCAUUUGAAUAUAUUUUUUUCCAUAGUAGUAUAUGUCUUUAUAUGUGUUAUUUACACAAAUUGAAUAAUAACUUGCAUGUUUAUCAUCGAGAUUGAAUUGUUAUUGCUGUUAACAUUUGGAUUAGUAUUAGAUCCACCAAUUAUACCAAUGUAAACUGAACUUGAAUUUUUUAGUUGAGCUCAUGUUUUAUAAUAAAUUUUCGUUUAUUGAAGAGUGUUUUGAUGUAGAAAUGUAGAGAAAUUAUAAAAAGAACACCAUUAGCUAAAGAACUUUGCAAGAGCUUUCGUUUUUCAAAAUUUGUAUUUAGCUGGUCUUUUUUCAAGUAUAUUUGCAUUUGUAAAUGAUUCCAAUUUGUAGCGUAGUAAUAUCCGUCUUUCAGUAAUAGUUAUUUUGUAGCAAAUUAAUUGAUUAGAUUAUGGUAUAUUAUAUAUACAAUGUUCUGACGGUAACAUUUUCCUGUUUCCGUCUUGUAUAAAAUUUAGAUAGACAAUCCCAUAAUUUACAAAGAUAUUGACAUAAUGUUGGUUGUAAAUCUGGAAAGAUCUUGGAGGCUAUCCUAAUGAUAACUCAUCGCAACUGGUUCGUCGAUUAUAAUGAUGAUUGAAUAUAUAUUAUGGAUGUUUUUGAUGGAGUAACGUUAAAAAUGUUUUCCCUUUAGAAAUUAAUAUUUUGAAACUGUCAUCCAUAAAACUAAGGCCUACAAUCACUGCCCUUUCUUAUGAAGUUUGUCAUUCAAGAAUUAGAUAUUUGUUGUGUAAUAAUAAUGUGAUGGAUUUAAUAUUUUUUCUAUUAACUAAAGGUAAACAAAUGAAUGAUAGAGCCAUCAAUGAAAUUUCCUGACCCUUUCUCAAGCGUUCGCAUAAUGUUUUCUUUGGUAUUUUAUUACUGGUAUAUAUGUGUUCUUCGUACAACGAUUUUGAACUUUAUUUUGCGAUUUUCUCCAAUAUUAUCCUUUUAAACCUCACAAAGACUGAGUAACAUAGCAAUAUCAGUUCAUGUAACUCAUACAAUGAAUUCAAUAAAUUUUUUACUUCAAGUUAUGAUAAAUUAUUGAAUGUGAAUUAAUUGAAUUCACAUUUAUCAAUGAUUAUUAAUACUACCAUAGUUUAUGUACCGUAGCAUAGUGUUUGUGUCAAAACUUUUUCACUUAUAUAUGUAACUUGAUGCAAUCAAAUAUUCAUAUUUGUUUGUCAAAAUAUAAGUAUAUGUUUUUUCGAGUAAUUAAAUGUGUUGAUUUAUAAUAUAUUCAUCACCAGCUGCAUUUUUUUCUGAGUGAAAUAUUUGAAGAGUCUUUAGAAGAAGACUUUGUGUUGCAAAAAUGAGUUAUUGUUCAGUCUCGUUUGAAAUUCACUUUUCACGUUUCUUUUGAAUCAUUGUACUCCUGAAAAUAUAACUUACGUAGUAGCAUGCUACUUUAAUGCACGAGUUGAAAGUUCGAAAUUUAGUUUCUUAUUCACUGGAUUCAAAUCGGCUUUCUAGUUUGUGUGAUGAAUAUCUGUUAAACAGAUGAAUGUUUAGUAGAAUUAAUCGUGUUGUAUUCGUGAAAAGUAUUGAACAAUAACUAAUUAUUAUGUAUUUCACUUGAAAUAAAAUAUUUGUCAUGGAAAUGGCAGAAAUCGGUUAAGUGACCCCUUCAGGGUCAAAUUUAAUAAUUGAAAAUGUCUUUCAGAAGAAGUUUGAAACACCAUGUAUGUGUAUAAUAAUUAAGAACUUUAUGAAUUUAAUAAGGAAGAUUGUGAAUAGAUUCUAAUUAUGGAAUUAUAAUAGGAUACAAUACAUUAACACUUCACCAAAUCCCCAAACUACUUCUUCGAUUUAAAUCUAUGUCAACUUGUAAAUUAUAACUUUCCUCAAUCUUAUAAUUUCUUCGACUUUGCCUGCAAAAAAUCAGGAUUCCCAAUGGAUAUUUUCGCAUACAUAAUAAUAUAAUAUUAAAUUCAAAUAGAGAGAUUUAAACAAGACCAAUUUUCUACGAAAACUGCUUUCUUAGGCCCCUAAUAUAUGCGACGGAAUUUUUUCACAUAAUACAUGGCCUGUUGUGGGUCGCGUCUAUUCCGCUCGUAUAGUGCUCUGCUCUCCAUAAGAAACGAAAGCACCCUGUUGACUAGCGAAAAAAUCCUUUCCAGAGUAAGCUAAAAAGCUUAGUGCCUGUUCAGAGAUAUUUUCCUACUUAAAAUACUUCCCAGUGGAAAAAUAAAUCUCUUUUAUACUACACUGUAUUUAAUAAUCCUUCUGAACAAUUCAAUUGUUCAAAAGUAAUUCUUUUUAAUAAUUUUUCUAUUAUGUCUGAAUAAUUAUUCUAUUUGAAUUGACUUCUAUUUAUAAUAUACAGCAAUGAUGUUUUUAUGAAAUAGUAGAUUCUACUGGUGUGUUGUAUUAUUUUACUACAGUAUGAAGUUUUCAUUUUCGAGGUGUUCAUAGAAUCCCUUGUUCAUCAUGGUUGAUGUUAUUUUAUAUUUUUCCUCUCAUUCAAAACGACACUUAAAGCAUCGUGAACUACUUCAUAAAAUUCUUUUCACAAAUGUUCUAUGAAAAACAUUCUAGUGAGUCGUGAAUGAAAUACUAGAAUUCGUUUAAUUUAAAAAAAUGCUGUGAGUUAACCAGAAUUUUUAAUUAUUCAAAUAUCUCAAUAUGGGCUUCCUGCUUCUAUUAAUACUAGUGAAAUAUGCUAACAAUAUGGUUGAAAUUGAAAUAGAACAAUCUGAUGGAUUUUUGUAUGCUGAGCAGUUGACAAAUUGAAUUCCUCUGAAAAUUCAACUUCUACUGUUUUCUUUGAGUAAGAUUCUUUUUUCAAGUCAUCCCCAUUUUUUAUAAUAAUUAUUAUUGGUUUCAGAAUUGAGUGCUUCAAGGCAAUUUUACUAAUAGCAUUUCAAUGCAUUUCUAAUUACAUUUCAUAAAAUUUUCACUCGAGUAAAUUUUGUCUUGGAGUUGCAAACUUGAGUAGGCUACCUACUUCAGUUUAUUUUUUAAUCCUAGAAAAAACUAUUAUCUAUCAAUAAAAAUUUGUAUUUAAAUUUAAUAACCCGUCUCCCUCCUCAGAUAACUAUUGAAAUGUAUGAAUCUAAUCUUCUAUGGUCGUUUAUAAAGAUCGAUUUUACUUAUUUCUCAUUGUCAACUGCUGAUGCAUCUGUGUUAAUAAUCAAUUGUAAUAAAUAGCAAAUAAAAAUUGUAUUGUAAGAAUAGAAAACUUGAACUGUUUGUAUGAAGAAAAACAUUAAAUAAUAUAAUCAAAGCUUGAUAUAAAUUCGAAUGGAUAACAUUUUUCAAGUUGGAUUUCUUCAUUUUGAUUAUUGCAAGUGCCUUCAUUAUGUGUGUUUGGAUGGCUAAAAAUAGACCUUUUUUCAAAGACAUUCAUUUUAUAAUAGAGAAGUAUGUUGGUUACAUAUUACAGUUAUUGAAUGUAUAUAAUAGGCUACAACAUUUUUAUUCGAGAAAUGAUACACGGUACUGUAAUUUUAUUAAUUCCAUCUCAAAUGCUAAUAGAUAUUAUGCUUGUGUCUAUUGUAUCUCUAUUAUUCUAGAGAUUUGAGGAGAGUCGCUGAAGUUGUUCCCUAUAGAACAAUUAAAACUUUAUGUCUGACCGUCAUAUUCAUGAGACAUCAAUUUUACCUUUUCAUAUUCAGUGAAUAAAUGUUUUUUUCAUAUUAUUGUUAAAUAGGUUUAACAUUUCUCAUGCUCCCAGACCAUUCUGGACUCCCUCGGCCAUUCUGGCCGAAAUUGGAGCUAGCUAGUCAACACUCCGAAGAAAUAAUUAGCCUACUAGAUAUGGAGUUUCCAAGAUUUAAUUGAGAUUUUCUAGGUUUGUGAAGGAAUAGAUGGUUUCAGAUUAGAUGAUACUUGAAUUUCAUUAUUUUUGGUCACAUUACUGCUCUUGUUCAAAUCUUCAUUUCUAAUUAAAUAAUAUAACUUGUAUACUUAUUGUGAAAUUUGCUCAAUAUGAUUUGUCUCUUUCAAUAUGAUAGUCAGAUAUUAAAAAAACUUCAGUAGUUGAAUAUUGCUACAAACAUAUUAAUUAAAUUAUACAUAAUUCUGUAUUAUUUGAAUCAGUGGUACCCAGCAAAUGUUUGGUGUAGAUAUGUCAAUGGAUUUUUAUAUUUUUAGUUAAACUAUUAUAUUAUUUUAUCCUAAUUUAGCUUAGUUUUUAUUUUCCAAUCAAGCACAAUAAGCUAUAACUAUUGAGUUAAUGUUACUUAAAUUGUGUGCAAACUGUACAUGAUAGUGUCGAAAUACAGUGACCAAUAAUAAUUAUUCUUAUUAUUAGAAACAUUUGUUGGGAACCACUCAUGUAAUAACUUUUAAUAUGUUCCGUUACCAAUGGUUUUAGAAUAAAAUACGAUAUUAUUUGAUUAUAUUUUGUAGGCUACAAGCAUAGCAUUUUCAGAUGAUUUAAUUCACAUUAAUUGACGGAAUGAUAAUUUGGAAUACUUGAAUUGUCAAUGUUCAUUUAUACUCUUGUAUCUUAUUAUGUGUUGGUGUUUUGUUUGUAAUACCUAGUAUAUGAAUUGAACAAUAAAAAACUUUUCCGGAAA